AUGUCUAGCUUCGGGGAAAUGUGGAAGGCGGCAAGGAACCCUCCAAAAGAUCCAACCGAUCUGUCCUUCAAAGGUAAAAGUGUACUAGUGACCGGUGCAAACACAGGCAUGGGCCACGCUGCAGCGAUCAAGUAUGCUGCACUGGGGGCAUCACCGCUUAUCCUCGCAGUCCGAACCAGGGAGAAGGGCGAAAUAGCCAAGAAGGAGAUCAUCCAAAAGACAGGCUGCUCGCCCAACAUCUUCAUCAUCUUGACAGUUGACCUGUCGACCUUCGCAUCCGUCAAGAAAUUUGUCGACGAUCUAAACAGACAAGUGCCCAAGUUGAAUGUUGCCCAGCUUGCUGCUGGCAUCUGUGUAAACAGCUUCAAGCGCAGCCCGGACGGCCACGAGAUGACCAACCAGGUCAAUGUGCUCUCAACAGCACUGAUGGCCGUCCUUCUUCUUCCUAAAAUGAUCGAGACUGGGGCCACUCCUUCAGACGAUGGCUUCGUGCCUCACAUGUCUCUAAUCAACAGCGUCGCCCAUAAUGAAGUCACAGAGGACAUAGUUCCUCCCGGACAAUCUCUCAUCCAGCGACUGGACGACGAGUCCAAGUUUGACACUCGUGCGCACUAUUUUCUCGCUAAGCUGGCCACAUGGUACGUAGUCCAGGGACUGGUCGAUCAGUGCCGAAGCAAUGGAACGGGAAGCAAUAUUGUCAUCAAUGCGUCCUGUCCUGGUCUCUGCAAGACAGACAUGGGCCGAGACUUUCCUACCAGCCAGAGGAUGGCAAUGGCUGUCACGUACUUCCUUGUAGGCCGAACACCAGAGCAGGGUGCUCGAGCAAUGGUCAGCGCCACAGCCCUUGGUCCCGAAUCGAAUGGAAAAUUCUGGUCAAAUGAUACUUAUCCACCGUAA